AGGGGCAUGGCUUAGCAUUUAAAAAUAUCGGUAUAUUAUAUCACUCCAAAACAAUCGAAUUGGAAAUUGGAACAUCGAUGUGGUCAACAAUCUUUACAGUCCUACUUCAACAAAAAAUUCGAUCUAUAGAGCAAAAUGUCGAAAAUAAUACAAAUACCAGUGCAUACAGAGAAACUGCUGACAAUAUUCAGAACAAUUAUACCCAAACUGAGUAAUGGAAAAUAUAAAGGUCAAUAUGGUCGCAUCGGUGUAAUCGGUGGAUCCCUGGAAUAUACUGGAGCACCCUAUUUUGCAGCAAUAACUGCUAUGAAAGUGGGAGCGGACUUGUCGCACGUUUUCUGUCAUACUGAAGCAGCGACAGUUAUAAAAUCAUACAGCCCCGACCUAAUUGUACAUCCUGUGCUGGACCGUGACGAUGCUGUUGAGCUAAUCAAACCGUGGAUCGACCGAUUACAUGUUCUUGUAAUUGGACCUGGCUUAGGGCGAGAUUCUCGUAUCCUUAAAACCGCUACAGAUGUAAUGAAGCUAUGCCUUGAGAUUGGGAAACCAAUUGUGAUAGACGCAGAUGGGCUGUUCAUAUUAAACGAUAAUAUCGAGCUAGUAUGUGGACAACGGGACGUUAUAUUGACUCCAAAUGCAAUCGAAUUCCAAAGAUUAUUUGGGAAAGACCCGGCGACUGCACGCGAACGGAUGUCACUGCUUGGUGAUGGGGUUGUGAUCCUUGAAAAGGGCGCAAAUGAUAAGAUCCAUAUACCACACACCAAUGAAGUGUACACCAUGCCAACAGGUGGAUCGGGCCGUCGUUGUGGUGGUCAGGGCGAUUUAUUGAGCGGUUCUCUGGCAACGUUCUUUUAUUGGUCUUUGCAGUCCAACCAACCCAAUCCAGCAUAUUUAGCUGUUUGUGCCUCAAGUUAUUUCGUGAAAAAAAUCAAUUUCGCAGCAUUUCAAAAGCUGGGACGCAGUUUGGUCGCUAGUGAUAUGAUAAAGGAGAUAUCGUCAGUGUUUAACGCUGAGUUCGAAAACACGAAUUUCAGUUCUCAGUAGAAUCUUGGUUUGCAGUGCAGUGUAUAGAUUAAGGGUGCUAGAACCGAAGUCCAUAAUAGUCACGUCUAUUUCAACGCUAGAUAGAUAGUUGGUUAUUAUAUUCUUUACCAAAGUAGAAAAAAAAUAAAGUGAUUAACAAGGAGA